UCCAAUCUUUUUUCCCUUUCUUUCUCUCUGUCUCCUCAUCAAGGUUGCAUUAUUAUUUAUUAGGGUGAGAGCAUUGAGGAACACUUUGGUGGUUGGGUGGUCCCCGUGAACAGUUUUCCGGUUCAUUUUCCCGGAAAAUCCAUUUUCGUCCACACCAUAGUCAUUGUUGAUCCUUUUCAGAAUCUUGUAAUCAGUCGCCUAAUUGCGCUACUUUGUGCCGACUAUGGCUUGGCGAAAUAUGAUCUCUUGUUGUUCUUUUCCCAAUUUCAGGGGUAUCUUCCAGCAGGGUAGAAUGAGCGAGACAGAGCUUGGUGCACACACCAUUAAGUCUCAUGGAGCCUCAGUUGCAAGGAAUCACAGGCAUGAUUGGCUUAUAUUGCUGCUUCUUGUGGUCACAGAGAUCAUACUAUAUAUGAUAAACCCAUUUUACCGCUUUGUUGGGGAGGAAAUGAUGGUUGACCUCAAAUUACCAUUGAAGCCGAAUACUGUUCCUGUGUGGGCUGUUCCUAUGUAUUCAAUAUUGUUGCCUAUCGUCAUUUUCCUUUUCUUCUAUAUUCGCCGUAACGAUGUCUAUGAUCUCCACCACAGCAUAUUAGGCCUCUUGUUUGCUGUCUUGAUUACUGGGGUCCUCACUGAUGCAAUAAAAGAUGCAGUUGGCCGGCCUCGACCUGAUUUCUUUUGGCGUUGCUUUCCAGAUGGAAUUCCUAAAUAUGAUGAUAAGUGGGGUAAUGUCAUAUGUCAUGGUAACCCUAGCGAUAUUAAAGAAGGAUACAAGAGCUUUCCGAGUGGCCAUACUUCAUGGUCCUUUGCAGGUCUGGGAUUUUUAUCAUGGUACUUAGCUGGGAAAAUCCAAGCAUUUGAUCGCAGAGGGCAUAUAUCAAAAUUAUGCAUUGUUUUUUUCCCUCUCCUCCUUGCAUCUCUGGUUGGUGUUUCUCGGGUGGAUGACUAUUGGCACCAUUGGCCCGAUGUGUUUGCUGCAGCUCUCAUAGGCCUUGUUGUCGCAACAUUUUGUUAUCUACAGUUCUUCCCACUUCCAAAUGAUACUAAUGGAUGGGGACCAUAUGCAUAUUUCCGAGCAUUAGAGGAGGUGAAUGAGAACCCGCAACUCGGCCAUCCUGUGAAUGGCCCUCAAGUUUUGAAUCUGAAUCAGCAACAAAUGGGUCGACAUAGCGAUGCAUUUAUCCCUGUAAGCAGCUCAUCAAUUGAUAUAGAAUCUGGGAAAAAGUAAUUUGUAUGUCUUGGGAAUAAUUUUAGGUGUGGUUUGUUUGUUCUAGCUAAAUUGGGAGGCCCUUGUGAAUAUUUUGUUUGGAAAGUCUGCAUCAACAGUGCAUUUAGCAGUGUAGAGGUAGGCAUGUUCAUGGUAGCUGCUGAAUAAGAAUGAUUGUAGAGAACAUUGAUUUCAAUUGGGUGAAUUUCAUUGUUCGUCCAAGAAAUCAAAGUAUAUUUUAAUCUAGAUUGUGAUGAGUUGUUUGGUGUA